UUUUGACAGAAGCAACUGCGGGCCACUAUGACAAGCAACUACGAGUUACUACAACACCGCAUGACAAGAAAAAAUCCAAGAGCGGUGGAUGCAAUGGAUUUGCAGCUGUGCAUAAAAGGCGACACGGGCGUAGGGAAGUCGUGCUUGCUCCUGCAGUUUACCGACAAACGAUUCCGCACUGACCACGACCUCACCAUCGGAGUGGAAUUCGGCGCGCGGCUGAUACUAUGCGGCGCAAAUCAUACAUCGCAUAUUCGUGAUCGCAGUGGAAAUACUUAGAUUAGAUGUAGACGGUACUAUGCGCUGAAAAGGAUGAUAAUUUUCAUAUAAAAUGCUGCAUACGCCUGGCCUGGGGCAGAUGCAAAUCGCAAAGGCUUCUAAGUAGCUAGCAGCCACGUCCUUAUGCGACACGCACAUGUACGAUAGAUUUGCACGUGAUAGAGGUCAAUCGACGGCAAGGCAAUAAAGUUGCAGAUUUGGGACACCGCAGGGCAGGAGUCGUUCAAGUCAAUUACAAGGUGGGUUUAUCGCUGGAUAAGUUCUUUUAAUUGCGUGGCUGGUGUCUCUUGUGAUACUGAUAUGUCAGAUAGAUAUUCAUAUUCGGUUUGCAGAAAAGAGCUGCGCUGCAUGAAAAAAAAAUCGAAAUAUCAGGUCAUACUACCGGGGUGCAAUAGGCGCGCUAUUGGUGUACGAUGUGACAAGAAGAGAGACGUUCAACCACCUGGAGCAUUGGCUGAGGGAAGCAAAAGAGCACGACCGGGAUGAUCGCAUGGUAGAAAAAGUCAUACACUUGCAUGCAGUGCCAGAAGUAGGAUAAGGAUCUGUGAUGCGAGGACCUGCAUGACAGGGAGUUUUCUCAUGCAUGUUUGUCGUGCCAAGCACACGCAGGCAACGGCAACAGAAACAUCAAAACCAUACAGGUAAUAAUGCUGAUCGGCAACAAGUCUGACUUGGGCAACCAGCGCGAGGUCUCUGAAGAAGAGGGCCGCAAAUUUGCCAAGGAGCACGGCCUGCAUUUUAUCGAGACUUCCGCGAAAACCGCAUCGAAUGUGUAUCGUUGGGAAUAUAGAUCGCCCCGAAUUAAUGAUUCUUGCGAAUUUGGGAAUUGAAUGGAAACUAAGUCACUGCGAUAGUUGUAAAUAAGUGCAUCAUAAGGAUUGGGAUACAACUUGGUACACAUUAGUUUCGAUGCCCACUUGCUAUUUGCAUGAGAACAAAUUUUAUGUGGUAGGGCGCCUUUUCCGUUUGAUACUCCCGAGCAAGCCUUCAUCAACACGGCUAGGGAAAUCAACAACAACAUUACCAACGGGAAGUACAACCUCACCGACGACGUACAGUGCUUUUGGGUUUUUUGUUGGUGCUUUUCUAGCAGUUCUUGACAGUGCGAGCAUCACAAAUUCUUUUAUCAGAAUAAGAAAUCUGAACGUGAAAGAACCGGAGUAAUUUUCGUGGUAUUCUGAUAAACAACUACUUCAAUGAUACAGGCGAGCCACGGGAUCAAGAUAGGGCUUCCACCACCCAACAACCAGUAUGGCGCGGGGGCAAGUUCCUACCAGCGAAAUCAGACCGGGACUUGUUGCUGAGCUGCGCAGAACGACCUCGGUCGUACCGCACUCGUUCGAAUGGAGCAAUUCGAACCUAGCGCGCUUAUCAUUUUUUCUCACAAGAAGGCGGAAGUUGUUUAGAUUUGCUCUUGCACCGUGAAUCAUAACGUUGAGCAGGAAGACAGUGAUCAUGAAUAAGAAUCAGAAUGAU